AUGCAAAGUUCUUUUUAAGAGAAGGAAGCCUUAGCUGACAUCUUUGAUUAAGUAAAAGAUAUUAAUACAAAACUUUUUGAUGUCAUAGUAGAAAUAUUUAGAAAGGAGAAAGUUGUAGAUUGCAUUGGAUAUCUUUCGAAUAAUGAAAAUCAAAAAUAGUUUGUAUAAUAAAUCUUUCAACAAGUAGAGAAUUUAGUAGAAGUUGAUAAUGGAUAGCAAUUAAUUAAUGUUAUAAAUAAUAUUAAACAAAUUACUAAUGUCUUACAAUAAAUAAAUGAUCAUAGUUUCAAUAAGUUAGAUUAUUCUAAUGAAGAAAAAUAAGAAUCUAUUUAAGAUCUCAUUGAUAGAUUCAAGGAUAAUAGCAGGGUCAUAAAAUUUCUGUAAUUGUUAAUUCAUCUCACUUCCAUAGAUGACACUUUAAUUCAAUGUGGGUCUAAUUCAUUACAUGUCUUAGUUAGGAUGAAAGUAGAUCUUAGAAAUAACAAUUUUGAAAACAUUAAGAUCUAAAAUACUUCUUUAGUAGGAGCUAAUUUUGUUAGGUGUAAUUUUAGUGGAUCCUAAUUUAAUAAUGUUAACAUAAGUGGAAUAAAUCUGAAUGGAGCAUUAUUAUUUAAUUGUAAAUGGAAAGACUUAAGAAUCCAGGAAUUAAAUAAACUAGAGGGUCAUAACAAUAGAGUGAACUAAGUCUGUUUCUCUCCUGAUGGAAACACAUUAGCAUCUUGUAGUUAUGAUAGGUCAAUACGUCUAUGGGAUGUCAAAACAGGAUAAUAAAAAGCCAAAUUGGAUGGCCAUACUAACAUUGUCAACUCAGUCAGUUUCUCUCCUGAUGGAAAUACAUUAGCUUCUGGUAGUGGCGAUAACUCUAUCCGUUUAUGGGACUUGAACACUAAGAAAACAAGAGCAAAAUUAGAUGGUCAUACUAGUUUGGUUUACUCUGUCUGUUUUUCUCCUGAUGGAACUACAUUAGCAUCUUGUAGUGAUGAUAAGUCUAUCAGUUUAUAGUAAGUUAAAACAGGAUAAUAAAAAGCCAAAUUGGAUGGUCAUGCUUCAGUCAUAUCAGUCUGUUUCUCUCCUGAUGGAAGCACAUUAGCAUCUGGUAGUUAGGAUAGUUCUAUCCGUCUAUGGGAUGUCAAAACAAGAUAAUAAAAAGCCAAAUUUUAUGGUCAUGCUUCAGUCAUAUCAGUUUGUUUCUCUCCUGAUGGAAAUACAUUAGCUUCUGGUAGUUAGGAAAAAUCUAUCCGUAUAUGGGAUGUCAAAUCAGGAUAAUAAAAAGCCUAAUUAGAUGGUCAUGAAGAUUCAAUCAUAUCAGUCUGUUUCUCUCCUGAUGGAAAUACAUUAGCUUCUGGCAGUAGAGAUAACUCUAUACGUCUAUGGGAUGUCAAAACAAGAUAAUAAAAAGCUUAACUAGAUGGUCAUUCUAAUGAUGUUAACUCAGUCUGUUUCUCUCCUGAUGGAAACACAUUAGCUUCUGGUAGUAGUGAUAACUCUAUCCGUCUAUGGGAUGUCAAAACAGGAUAAUAAAAAGUUUAAUUGGAUGGCCAUGAAGAUUUCAUAACUACACUCUGUUUCUCUCCUGAUGGAAACAUAUUAGCAUCUGGUAGUGGCGAUAAAUCUAUUUGUCUAUGGAAUGUCAAAACAGGAUAAUAAAAAGUCUAAUUGGAUUGUAAUUUAGUAACAUCAGUCUGUUUCUCUCCUGAUGGAAACACAUUAGCAUCUGGUAGUGGUGAUAACUCUAUCCUUCUAUGGGAUGUCAAAUCAGGAUAAUAAAAAGCCUAAUUAGAUGGUCAUGAAGAUUCAGUCAGAUCAGUAUGUUUCUCUCCCGAUGGGAACACUUUAGCAUCUGGUAGUAAUGAUACCUCUAUUCGUCUCUGGGAUGUUAAAACAGGAAAAUAAAAAGCUGAAUUGGAUGGCCAUGAUGAUUGUGUCACCUCAGUCUGUUUCUCUCCUGAUGGAAAUACAUUAGCAUCUGGUUGUGAUUAUAACUAUUCUAUCCGUCUAUGGGAUGUCAAAACAGGAUAAUAAAAAGCCAAAUUAGAUGGUCAUUUUGGUUGUGUCAACUCAGUCUGUUUCUCUCCUGAUGGAAACACAUUAGCAUCAGGUAGUGAUGAUAACUAUAUCCGUCUAUGGGAUGUCAAAACAGGAUAAUAAAAAGCCAAAUUGGAUGGUCAUUUUGGUUGUGUCAACUCACUCUGUUUCUCUCAUGAUGGAAACACAUUAGCAUCUGGUAAGGAUAACUUUAUCAGUUUAUGGGAUGUCAAAACAGGUAAAUAAAAAGCCAAAUUGGAUGGUCAUUUUGGUUGUGUCAACUCAGUCUGUUUCUCUCCUGAUGUAAAUACAUUAGCAUCUGGUAGUGAUGAUAAUUCUAUACGUCUAUGGGAUCUUAAGAUUGGAAAAGAAAUUUACCCUGCUGACAAAAAUUACAAAAAUAUAUUUGCUUAAUUGAAAUUACCACUAUUUCAAGACAACCCUUUAUCAUGUAUUUCAUUUAUGAUUAUUUGUUAGUAUCCAAUAUUAUUACAACUCUUCGUAUAUCUCAAACACCAUUAUUUCAAGCUAAAGGAGCCUUUAUCUUGAAAGCAGAUUUUGUAAAUUAUAAAGGAUACAAUUUGAAAUCAUUAUUUAAAUCCUCAGGAAGUUGUCUUUUAGAAGACUUUAAUUAAAAGUGA